AUGAGGACCGUAUGGCCGCUGCUCCUCGUGGCGACGGCGCUGUGCUGUGCCUCCCCGGCGGCGAGGGCCAGGAGCUGCAAUUUCCCUGCCGUCUUCAACUUCGGCGACUCCAACUCCGACACCGGCGGCUUCUGGGCCGCCUUCCCGGCGCAGCAGGGCCCGUUCGGCAUGACAUACUUCGGCAGGCCAGCCGGCCGCGCCUCCGACGGCCGCCUCGUCAUCGACUUCAUAGGCACGUACCUCCUGGCUCCUGCAGGCUGCACUACACGCAUCGCGUGCAUCAUAUCCAUGGCUUCUGUUUCUGAAAUUUUUUUCUGA